GCACAAUUGGCACAUGUCAGACUGAGACUCUGGGAAGAGAAUUCAUCACCUCCUACAUGGACGACUGUGGGAACUCUAGUCAAGUUGAAGUGCAAAUUACUGGAUACUUUGCCUUCACUUCAGUGUCUGUUUCCAUCUCCAAUUACCCAUUUGAUAAGAAGAUUAUGGUAAAUCGGGGAGAGAUGGUGCGGGUCAGCCUACCAGAGUCAGUGGGAAUUAAGGGUGUUAUCAAGUUCUCCAAGGUGGUCCUAGUCAAGGCUGACAAAGAUAUCUCAGUAGUGUCUGUCAGCAACAAACAUGUGAGCCCUGAGACCACUGUGCUAUAUCCUGUCUCCAGCUUGGGAAAUGAACACUACAUAGUGACUCCCUCUACAGAAUCCUUAGAUAGUUACCCAGAGUUCUCUGUUAUGACAUAUGAAGACCGCAACCUAGUGACGGUCCAUGUGAAAGGCAAGUUACGUUAUGGAACACGGGUCUACUCCACUGGUGACACACUGAAAAUUAUACUCCUUGCUUUCCAAGGCUACCAGUUACAAGGCAUAGCCGAUCUGUCUGGCACCAGGAUUGUCUCAGAAAAGCCAGUGGCUGUCUUGGUUGGCCAGGUGUGUUUCUGUACUAGCACAAAAUGCAACCAUGUCUUUGAGCAGCUCCUACCAGUUUGCAGCUGGGGUACAACAUACAUCAUUCCUCCCUUACCCUGGCAGAAAGUAGAUGAAAUAGUCUACAUCACUGCUUCCCAGAGCACAACUGUGUUGUAUCAACUAGGGGAACAGGCAGAGACUGUUACUCUAGCAGGAGGCAGUGUACUCCAGCGUCCUGUCAAGCCCUCGAUCCCAGUCUACAUCUCUGCUAAUGUGGGCAUCCAGGUGGUGUUCUACAGCGUGGGCGCAGCUCUCCCUAAUUCCUCCCACGCCUUCCUGAUGAAUGUUCCAGAUGUUGCCAGUUACUGCCGGAUGUAUUCUAUAAAUGCCCAGGAGGGCUUCGAGAACUUUGCCUUGAUGGUGGCCAAUACAGCAGAGACUGGCGCCAUCAUCCUAGACAAUCAGCCUGUAAGGGAUGUGGUGUGGAACCGAGUCCCUGGCACUGAGUUCGUUUGGAGCAUUCAUACGCUUGGACCUGCCAUCAGAUCCCAUGCUGUGGAACAUCCCUGCUCUCCAUUUGCGCUCCUGAGUGUUGGCACUGCCGCCAUGGACAGCUAUGGGAUUCCAGGUUCCUGCAGGAAGGAUGUUACCUUUAAAUGCCAGACUGAGACUCUAGAGAUAAAAGAGCAGAUGGAGAUGUGCAAAGAUGUCUUUCUGCAGGGCAGCAACAGUGAAUUUUGCUCCUUCGUGAAUUCAACCUUAGUGAAUUUGGAGACCAUGUAUGCCCAGGACAGAGCAGUAUCGCUGCAGGAAGUUGCUGGCCCCUUUGGUUCCUUCCUGAAUAGCUUCACUCUCAGUGCUGGUGGGAACGAGAACAAGAGGGAAAUUGCCUCCACCAUGACGUUCCUCCUGCAGAGUGUGGAAUUGGCUGCACUGACAGCUGCUUUGAUGUCUCCGGAGAUCACGACCCAGACCGUGACAACAGAGUCUAUGGCUAUCGAGACGCUCCUCGUUGUCCCGGCUGCUGGUCCCUGUGAUGAGGUCUUCAGGCUGAGAGCUCAGGAGGAGACAAUGGACAUUCACUGCGAUACGAUCACCAGAGCAGCCACAGAAGAUUUUGGGGCUGUUGCUUUUAUUUCUUACUCCACCCUGGACUCCAUCAUGAACAAGAGAUUUCUCAACGAGGGAGAUCUAAUGGUUGAUGAGAAAUUGAGGAAUUUUCACCUGAAUUCCAGGGUGGUGAGUGGGGCUGUCGGAGCUGGGAGGCUCAUGAACCUCUCCAAACCUGUGAACUUCACCCUACGCCAUAGACAGGCAAAGAAAGAGGAGGAAGAGGCUCUCUGUGUUCACUGGAAAUUCAUCGCUGGGAAAGGCACCUGGACUCCAGACGGCUGCACCGCUCUGUACACGAACAGCACUCACACCAUUUGUAGCUGUAACCAUCUCUCCAGCUUCGCACUCCUUAUGGGUCUCUCACCGGAGUGGAGGUGAGUUGGGGAGAGCCCUCCACUUCAUCUCUGUGAAACCUCUCCAAUCAACGAUGUUUAUCAUACAGCCGGCUUUGCUGUGCCAGUGGGGCAGGUGCUUCAGCUGCCAUUCUGCAUCGCAACUACAUACACAACCUGGAAGGGGAAGCGGGAUUGGAGCAAAUCCUCUCUCUGAUCCAAAUCCACAGCUCCUGAAUUCAAAGGCCACCCUAGGGUUGUAGCUGGGUAUCUCUCCCAGAUUUAAAGGGCCAGAUGCCAGGUCAGAGAGCAGUUAUUUCUUAGGGAAAGCACACCAUGGCGGGGGGGACGGGGGCGAAGGGGCUUGCAGACCCUUGUGUGCUAUGUGUGUGAGCUAGCUCUGCUCUUUAACUGUAAUGUGUAAAUAAUAAAAUAACCUGCUUAUGGACCUUGGUUGCUUCUUUGGUUUGAGGGUUUGUUAUCACGGUCGGCCUGUCCUGGAAACCUUGGGCCCAAUUCUAAAGCCUCUUUAUGCCAAUCUGGCAGUGUAAAGGGGCUUUAACGUGGGCAGAAAUGGCCUGUGAUUAACCCUCCUGUGCAGGAGUCCUUUCUGGCUGCUGUAGAGCUGGCAUAAAAUCUGUACAUUAGCCCCGCUCCCAGCCCCUGGC